UUUGCGCGCGCUGGAAAAGAUAACUGUUGAUAACAGCCAUCAGGCCUGACCGGUGUAGUUCACUGGUGUAGUUCAAGUAAAUAAAAGAGGUUCCCCAAAAAAGAAAUGUCUGUUUAAUCACAACCACACCAGCGGUUCAAAAACAUUCCCAAAUUCACAUCUGGCGUUAAAAUUAGUUUAUCUUGCCCUCAAAGAACGUUUUUGUCAACAAGAAAUAAAAUGAAGGUUUUCAUCUGCUGAAAAUGUGAGUCUUUGAAUGAUAAUUGUUACUAUAUAGGUGGGGUUUAGUUAAUCUACCGCGCGCUCCCAUUCGUUGAUUUUUGAUUGCGAGGCAAUGACUAAAUCUAAAUGUUACUCGGCGGGCUACUGGUUACUUUACAGUAAACUCCAGCUAUAUAACAAAACACUUAAUCACUAGUCCCUUGGCAAACAGCUUAAAAAGUAACGUUAACUGUUUCCCUCGGGACCAGUCUACACGUGAUGUGCCGUGAGUCACAGCUCCAUUCAUCCGGGGAUAUCUCAUGUUGAGACAAAUAACCCCGUAAACUCGAAAUAGCGUUUCUCAUGACUUUUGCCAUCCAUUUCUUACAUUUCAAGUAUUGAGGGUUUCGGUGCAUAAAGGAGAUGACCUUAGCUACUCGCAUGCUUGAGGAGAUAAGCCGUAGGCACGACGAAAAGAUAGCGGUUAACAAAUUGGAGAAAAUGUAGACAGAUUUUAACCUUGAGCGUGAGAAUUACCCGAGCUAGGCAUUCAGUCAUUUAUCUAUCUUUAGUAAUUUUUUUAACUCGAGCUAUUUAUACUUGAGUGGAUGCCCAUUCAGUCAUUGGUGAAACAUUCAAGGAAUUUCUCCUUUGUUUGACUCCUCACGCUAAGCAUGAACGGGGCCCCGCGCGAAUGCCGAAAGUUCCCGUCAGCGUUUUGCGCCAAAAUUUUGCUUAGGGUCGGCUGCACGCUUCAUCUAGUUAUAAAAGCGUUUCCAUAAACUAGCAUCAACAAUGAUUAAAUGUAAGAACUUGUUAAUCUGUGUCUAAUUGCGAUUCUUUUAAACCGAUCAAAACCUCGAUGUUCAUGAUUUCCGUGUUCCUGUCCUAUAAUUUAUAACGAUCCUUUAACUAUUAGUUUUACCCCUGCUUGAGGGGAUUUCGUUCUUCUUGGUAGCACGAUGGCAAAACGAAACAUUGCUCAGUUGUUUGAUAAAUUAUCUGAGCAAUUUUAAUGUUCUGAAGGAUCAGAAGUUGUUUUGUCGUGAAUGAAAGCGAUGCCUCCGUUACCUCACAGCGUUUGCUCGGUUUAAAUUCCAUCGUACUAGCUGCCUAAAUCCGGAAAUUCAAACAUUUUUAAUUAAGGACGUAAAAUAAGGGUAGCUCUUAAAUAAAUAAAUAAUUAAUUAAUUAAUUGAAUGAUUUGACGCCAAAUUUGAGUUGCUUUUUUUAGCGAAUGCUUUCAGUUGUCAGUCAGUGAAACGAAUUUAUAAAAUGGUUCGACCUGCAUACUUUUCACUUAAUUGAAUUCACAUAUGUCUGGCCAACCGACAGUUGAAUAGUGCACCCUGCCGCGAAAUACAAGUAAAAUUUGGCUGUAUUGACUUGAGGGAGGGAGUGUUUAUAGUCACUUCAAUGGUGCCAAGUGCAAGCUGGGUCACGAAGAGCCUCAUCUGGUUCAACAAAUGAAAAUCAUACGGGCAUGCGCUGUAAUGAAACCUGACAAUGAAACAACUUAAACUACUGAUGACUUUUACAAGACUGGUGUAUUUUCCUAGCUACUUUUGUAGCCGCAUGUUUCUCAAUUCUUCCAGCAAUCAAAAAACGAAGAUGCCAAAAAGAUUAUCGCAGUUAGAUAAAUUUCACUAUCGACUGCCCACCGGGAAAUAUUGCUGCUAAAAUGCGCGUAGGUGAUGGGACGAAGAGGAUAUUCACCAUGGGAAGUGCCCAAACCUAUUUCCUAUCGACCGAGAAAGCGUGUGAUCACAUUGAUUAAGAUGUUAUCAAGCGUAGCUCGUUGAUAAGUCAGGCUGCAGGGUGAAACGGUAUUUGUUUAUACGACUCUCGCCCAAUUCCGUGUAAGUUACACGGAUCUGAUAAAGAGCAGAUAUAAAGGUGCAGUCUGCAGAGUGUCAGACGGAUUCACGCAACCCAACUUCAACUCCGAUCCAUCGACACUACUUGUAGAGCUGUAACGAGCAAGAUUACCUCACUAUUGACCAGGAGAUAAAGAGGAUAAAACGACAACUGGAAAGCAAGCUUUACAGGCUGAAUUAGACAAGCUAAAAUAUCAAGCACCGCUCAUUAGCGGCCACACAUAGCAGAUAAAGAGACCGCUCGCAUAGCAGCUAAGAUGGCAAUUUUCAAGAUGGUACCACUUUUCCACUUCUUGGUGGCGCUGGAAUUUUUCUUCAUCUCUCCUGUCACAUCAAGUCAAUGGCUAUCUCUAGCACUCAGCAGCUCUGUAAACAGCUUCAAUACUAAAGGAAGCUGCGAUGAAGUCGGCGCACAUCUGAACAACAGACAGGUUCAAGUCUGUAAGAGGUACAUUGACGUCAUGAACAGUGUGAAGUUUGGAGCUUCCAUUGCAGUGGAGGAGUGUCAGCAUCAGUUUCGUUACAGGAGAUGGAACUGUACUACCGUGCAGUUUGAGAAAUCCCCUGUCUUUGGAAAUUCUGCAAACGGAGGAACCAGGGAAGCUGCAUUUGUUCAUUCCAUUUCGUCAGCCGGUGUAGCAUAUGCUGUGACGCGCUCAUGCAGCGAGGGAAAACUGGGACGAAAAUGUGGCUGUGACCAGAACUACAAUGGAAUGUCUGACGAGGGAUUCAAGUGGGCGGGUUGUAGUGAUGAUAUCCAAUAUGGCAUCGAUUUUUCCAAGAAAUUUGUGGAUGCAAGAGAACGUGGACGAAAAGAGGAGAAUCCUGCUCGAGUUCUGAUGAAUUUACAUAACAACGGCGCAGGGAGAAGGGCCAUUAAACAGUUCAUGAAACUUCAGUGCAAAUGCCAUGGUGUGUCAGGGUCAUGUAACGUUAAAACCUGCUGGCGUUCACUACCGAAUUUCAGACUGGUAGGAGAUCACAUCAAGGAAAAAUUCGACGGAGCUACCGAAGUGGAGGUCAAACUUAUUGGAUCAAGAAUGGUUCUAGUUCCCAAAAAUCCUAAGUACAAGCCACACACCAUUGCGGACUUGGUGUACAUUGAUGGGUCGCCGGAUUUUUGUGCGGCAAAUCCCAAUACUGGCUCCCUGGGGACCCAGGGAAGGUUUUGUAAUCGCACUUCUCAAGCUAUAGAUGGAUGUGAAUUAAUGUGCUGCAAUCGAGGGUACACCACCAAAGUGGAACCCAGAUCUGAGCGUUGUGACUGCAAGUUCUACUGGUGCUGUUACGUCAAGUGUAGCCAGUGCCCGAGGCGGGUUGAGGUUAGCAUCUGCAAGUAAGAUGCCGUCUUACAUUCAGCCCCGACAUUCAGUAAAACUAUUUCUGCCUUCAAGAGAGACGAACGUGUUGUAAUAUACAUGUAUGUAGUAGCAGUCAGUUUUCUGACCUUAACAAUACUCUGACUUGUAGUUACACUUCCUUCAAUGUUAUUCAAGGGAACAAAUGUUUCUUCUUCGUCAAUCCACCUAGCUGUCGACUCCAUGCUCGAGUUGACUUAUUCAGACUACAUAACUCCUCGAGGGAGGUGCAAAACCUAGUGGCACACGUACCUCCUGCCUAAAUUGAAUUUGUAUCAGCGUCAGUAGUGAUCUCGAAUCCUAACUAGUAGCAACACACACUGCCGCUCUGCUGAUUAACACACUUGGUACGAGCUCUCUUUUUGAAGGUGAGGGUAACGUUUGAGACUGAGUAUUGAAAGGAAAUGGGGGGCGCUUUUAGAAAGGCCCCAAUUGUAGUGGAAAAAAGUUCAUCUAAAUUAUUCCGGUAACAUUCAGUACUAAUCAGUUAAAGUAUUAUUGUCGAGGAAGAAAAAGUAAGCCCAAGAAAAACGGUUUUGUUUUGCUGGCCGGAUCAACUUUAAUAACGUGUGUUGUUUAAAGGGGGUUGUUAAAGAAAUAUCACAACGCAUGCAUUGGCCACGGGAAGAAAUCUUGGGCAAGUCUCAUGCCGCAGUUGCUUAUUGUCCCCAGUGACGAUACAAAAGCCCCUGCGAGAUGAUACUCGCCCCAGAUUUCUUUUUGUUUUUAAAGUGGCGAAUUUGGUGAGUUAUGUGAGCGCGCGAAACGUUUUUAAAACAAGAUAUGAGUGUAAGGAGAACAUAGCAAGUGUUCUCAAACAUCACGACAAAUGCUUACUUGGCUCAAAGUUAUAAGAUCAUAAAGUACCAGAUCAUAGUGAAUUAAAAGCACAUAAAUAUAGUCCAUAUUUAUUAAGCCAA